AUCUCAUUCGUCGUCUGCGGUGCCCGCUCUUUUCACUAUCGUGGCCGCUGUCAACGUAUAAAAUCGACUGUUUCCCUUUCUUACGUAUAAAUGCAUUGAUGAAGUCAUGGCCGCGAACAACGUUAACAGCGCCAACUCCAAGAUCUACGGCGCGUGUUAUAGCAAUGUGCCCGUAUAUGAAUACAACGUAGGGCCGGGCGUGCAUAUUAUGCGCAGGCGGGCUGACGAUUGGAUCAAUGCGACGCACAUUCUCAAGGCCGCUGCCUACGACAAGCCGACGAGGACGAGAAUUCUAGAGCGAGAGGUACAAAAAGGUGUGCAUGAAAAGGUUCAGGGUGGUUAUGGUAAAUAUCAGGGCACCUGGAUACCUCUUGCUGAUGGCCGAGCUCUGGCCGAGCGCAAUGGCGUUCUUGAUAAGCUGCUUCCAAUCUUUGAUUAUGUGCCGGGCGACAGGAGUCCACCGCCAGCGCCUAAGCAUGCGACCGCGGCAUCUAAUAGACCGAAGCAACCCAGGAUAAUCAAUCCACCACGGAGAAUGCCUGUAAACUCUCAUGCAUCGUUACAUGCGCAUGCACAUUCACAUUCACAAUCGAUGUCCCAGUACGAUCAAGAUGAGCUAGCCAGUGUGGGCCAAUACCACGAAGGCACACCGGACAAUAUGACUAUAGCAUCGGAGAGUAUGAUGGACGUUGAUGACCCCUAUGCACAACACUACCCAGGUUCACGGAAGAGGAAACGGGACCAGAUGUCAUUCCAAGAUCAACAGCACCAGAUCUGGGCUGACCAGCUGCUUGACUACUUCAUGCUUCUAGAGUCGGAAGAUAGCUUUCCAUCGGCGCCGGAACCACCCCCAGGCAUCAACCUAGACAGACCAAUAGAUGAGAAGGGUCACAGUGCAAUGCAUUGGGCAGCCGCAAUGGGAGACAUUGACGUCGUGAAAGACCUUCUGAGGAGGAAUGCACGCAUAGAUUGCUUGAACAACAACCUCGAGACACCGCUUAUGCGUGCUGUGAUGUUCACGAACAACUUCGACAAGCAGACUAUGCCGGCUCUCGCUCGUAUCCUUGCACCGACAGUCCAACGUACUGACUGGUUCGGUUCAACCGUCUUCCACCAUAUCGCCGCAACUACAUCAUCGAAGAACAAGUACAAGUCCGCGCGCUAUUAUAUCGAUACCCUCGUCAACGUCUUGGCUGAGACGUGGAUUCCUGAUGAAAUCACCAAGCUCCUAAACAUGACGGACCAGAACGGUGACACAUGCGUCAUGAUAGCUGCGCGUAACGGCGCGCGGAAGUGCGUGCGAAGCUUGCUUGGACGAAAUGUCGCGGUUGACAGGCCAAACAACGCGGGUGAGACGGCAGACGAGCUAAUUCGUGAAUUGAAUGCGCGGAGGAGAGCGCACCUUGGAAAAGCUGGUCUUGGCGCGAUGGGAGUAGGGGGGCGGGAACUGUCGAGUUCACCAUUUGCUCCAGAUGGCAGAGGGAUGAACGGAGAUGGAAGCGCGAUGGUGAACUUUGGCGGAGGAUCGAAUUCACUAGCAAUGCAAAGAGAGCCGACAUUCCGAAGUGCGACAGCCAACAGCGUUGCGACCCGAUUACUCCCCAAUAUCACGGAGCGCCUGACAGGCCUGGCAAAAGCUUUUGAGACGGAGUACGAGACGAAAAUGGAAGAGCAAGUGGAAAUUGAACGUGUACUGAGAAAGAGGACGGGCGAACUGGAAUAUUUGCGCAAACAGCUCGAAGAUCUCGCUCCUGUAGAAGAGGAACUGAGCUCGCUCUCGCAGGCCGACGAGGUCGAUGUCGAAGCCGAACUUGCGUCCCUAGAGCGCGAGGCUGAAGCCUACUUAGAGCUCGAGCACAUGUCAUCCCUCCGCGAACUUGUCGCCAUGGGACCGCCUCCACCGUCGUCGUCCAAUGGUGUCCUCGAGCCCUCUCCGGAGAAGUUGAAGGCCAUGCAGGACCAGCGGCGGCGAAUGGUGCGCACGCUCGUGGACGCCAUGGGAAAUGCAGGCAUGGGUGAGCGCGUGGAAGGUUACAAGAGAUUGAUCAGAGGGGCGAUUGGUGUGAGGGAGAGCGAGAUCGAGGGGAUGCUUGACGAGGUGUUGAGAGAGCUAGAGGAGGAGGCCAGAGAGAGGGACGGAGGGUAUAGGCAACAAGGCACGGCUACGAUAACGGCAACCUGAGUUAGUUCGGCUGCAGAAGAGUGCGAGAAGGACUGUUCAUGACCUUGGUAUGAUAAUGCUUACGUGCACUUUGUAGGCGCGGACGAUGUUGGCAAUGUGCUGAACAUCUGACUAUGUGUCGACACCCCCCAGUUCAGAACUUGAACACACUUUUUGAGCCAUGCACGAGAUAAGCUUCUGAGCCAUGAUUUCACGGACAUGUCAUCGACGUCUGGCUCUCGAUUUGGAUUAACAAAUAACGAACCGUAAUCUUGUUAAUGAGCACGA